AUGGUGCCGCGGCCCGGCGUUCUGUGGGCAGUGGCGGCGGCGGCGCUGGCGCUGCUGGUCCGGCGGGCGGCGGCGGCGCUGGCGGGGCCGGUGGUCCGCUGCGAGCCUUGCGACGCGCGGGCGCUGCAGCAGUGCAAGCCCCUGCAGCCCGACUGCGCCGAGCGGGUGCGGGAGCCGGGCUGCGGCUGCUGCCUCACCUGCGCCCUGCGCCUGGGGCAACCCUGCGGCAUCUACACGGAGCGCUGCGGCGCGGGGCUCAGCUGCCAGCCGCGGCGGGAAGAGGCGCGGCCGCUGCAGGCGCUGCUCGAGGGCCGCGGACUCUGCACCAACGCUACGGCGGGCAGCAAGCUGCGGGCCUUCCUGCUGCCGGGACCGCACGCUGCAGGAAACUUCAGUGAUUCAGAAGAAGACAGGAGUACCAGCAGCGUAGAAAAUCUGGCCAUUCCAAACUCUCACAGGGUGCCAGAUUCCAAGUCACAUCCACCACACAUCAAAAUAGAUAUCAUCAGGAAAGUGCAAGCCAAAGAUACACAACGCUAUAAAGUUGAAUAUGAUUCACAGAGUACGGAUACAUUGAAUUUCUCUUCUGAAUCCAAACAAGAGACUGAAUAUGGUCCAUGUCGUAGAGAAAUGGAAGACACUUUAAACCACCUAAAGAUCCUGAAUGUCUUGAGUCCCAGGGGCUUUCAUAUUCCAAAUUGUGACAAGAAGGGAUUCUACAAGAAAAAGCAAUGUCGCCCAUCCAAAGGCCGAAAAAGAGGUUAUUGCUGGUGCGUGGAUAAAUACGGACAGCCACUUCCUGGGUAUGAUGGGAAGGGAAAAGGAGAUGUCCACUGCUAUAACUUGGAAAGCAAAUGAGGAUUGGGUGCUAGCUCUUCUGGCAUCUGUGCAUGGCCACUGGACCUCACAGAGACCUUGGAGGGGCUGGGCACACACUCUGGGACUGCACUGUCUGUGGAGUAACAAGCUCUGCUUCCUGCAGCAGAUGGGGAAUUGCAGCUUCUGUGGAUGCUGCUGCAGCUGCACCCUGCCACUAACACACCUCGAGCUUCCUAUGGGAUGUAUAGGGACCUCUGAAUUCCCAUGUAAACCUGCACUAUUGAUACCCAGAGAGAGAAAAAAAAGGCACUUCAGAAUGGAAUCAGGGAGUCUCCACUGACUUUUUAAAGAAUGGCCUGUGACCAAUUAGAUCCCAAAAGAUACUGGGUUUUUCAUUUUAAAUAAUUUAUAGACGUUAAGCCUGUAAAAGUAUUAAAAAGAAGAACAAAACCAAAAAACCCACAAGGACUUAAACAUAAAGCUUUUUUUACAGGUCUGAUGGGAAACUUGUCUCCACGGGUAAAAAGUUUUAUAAAAAUCUCAAAGAACUUUUUAAAGAAAUGUAUUUCUAAGAUAAAGACAUGGCUAUUUUUUUCUGUAAAAUAUAUUAUGAAUAUUCUGUUAGUCUCUAUUUAAUAUAAUUGUUUUUUUAUAAACUUUAUUUAAAUGUAACAUGUGAAUACCAAAUAUUACACAGUAAUUCUAGUGUAUACAUCUGUAUGCAAAGAGAAAGUGAGGUUAUGGAAUGAUUUACAAAUACGUUUAGCUCUCUAUGUGUACACACUGACCUGUUCUAGGUAAGAGAAAUGAAUUUUUGGAGCAAAGGAAGUGUUUCCAGAAGGGAUUGAGUUUUAUUAUUUGAUAUAAGUACAAAUGCCAAGAUAAUAUUUUUUUUAAAUUAUUUUAUUGAUAAUUCUAAUGUACCCAUCACUGAAUUAUGCCACUGGAAAGGAUAACAGUCGCACUGAAGCUCUUGGUAAAGCUUUCUUCUGUCUGUACGUUGCUUCAGUUGUGCAACAGGGCUUACAUUUCCUUCAUUUACUGCUCACACUAAUACAGAAUAUUCACGGACAAAAAAUUGCCAUUACAGUACUACUCUUUGUAUUUGCUUAUUUAUUUUGAAAAGGUGUAUCUAUUCUGUGUUGUCUUGGUACAUUCUACCAAAGCACUUACUCUGUAUGAGGAACUCCUGUUGAAAGCAAUGUCAACAAGAUGGGGGGAUUGCAGACCCUGGGUGUUGAAACCCACGUGUUUCAUUUAUGCGACACACAAUUGUUGCUUGCUUUGACUAUGGUAGAAAUCAUUUGCCUGCAUCUAAGCAUAGAAAAAGAACCAUUGGGUUUAAAUAGCUAAAUUCACUGUCUGUCACAGUGUUAUAUGUCUUUUUAAUUGGAAGAGAAGUGAUUUGGUUUUCUUGUGGUAUGUGAUGCUUUCACAUAAGGAAGGCUUCGGCAACAUUUUUUUUUGAGGCUGAUUGUUUGAUGUACUUUGUGAAAAAUUCUGUAUGACAAUGAAAUCUGGAUAAGGGAAGGUGGCCUGUGAAAUGUAUCAUCUCUCUGGAAAAUAAUGCCAUAUUUUGUAUAUGUAUUUAUUUAUAUAUUUUAUAUAAAUAUUUUAUAUAUUUAUAUAAAUAUAUAUUCUUAUAUGUCUCACUAUAAAUUUUUGAUGUCACUGUAGAAAAAAGAAGCCAUCAACACUGUAAUUCCUUGUUGGGUUGGGAAUUCCAUGAAGACUAUGGACAUUGGGUUUUCACCUGCUGGGGCUAGGCAGUGUGUUGAUGGAGGAGGGGCUGUGGUGCUGAGGAGCCCAUUCCUCUCCCACUGCCUGAAUUACAACCAUGCUUGUUCCUGCCAGCAAAGGCAAAUGUCUAGAAACUCUGACAUGGAAGGAUUUGGAAAUGCAGCUUGCCAGGAUUGAGGCAUCCCAUCACUAUAACUCAGAUAUUUAAAGCCUUACCCUGAAAUGUAUUAGCUGAACAGCACUAUGAGUGUUCUCCACAUCUUUCCAAUUUCUGUCUAAUGAAAUGAGUUCAUAUCAUCAUUAAAACUGAAAUUUUAUAAUCUCAUGGUAAGAAAAAAAUUGUUUGUGAAGUGAUGCUUACUUCAGGCUAAUACAGGUUUCCUGAAACAAGGUUACAGAAAGCUUUGUGAAGUGAAGAUUUGUUGCAAUAUUUUUACUGCUAAAGCAGAUUUAAUGCCUGCAAGGAUUGGUUGGCAAAAUAAUAAAUGAUGGGCUUUUA